GGUAGCCCGGGCUGACCUUGAACUUCUCAUCCUCCCCUUCUACCUUCAAGUGCUGAGAUCCUCUGUGCACACUGUGUUUACAGUGCUGGGGGCUGAUGGGAGAGCUUUGUGCAUGUCAGGCCAGCAUUCUACCACCUGAGCUACACAGCCCCUGGUGUUUCUGUAGCUCCGUCCAAAGCCCCAGGCUGCUGACUGACCUAGCUAUCCUUAGUGAUGAACAGCUCUCCUGGGGACCCGGGCAACACUGAAGAUGUGUCAAAAGGAUGAGGGAGACUGUACCCGCAGACCUCAGCAUGGACAUCCACCCGGAGGGAGACUGUACCCACAGUCCUCAGCGUGGACACCCACCCGGAGGGAGACUGUACCCGCAGACCUCAGCGUGGACACCCACCCGGAGGGAGACUGUACCCGCAGACCUCAGCGUGGACACCCACCCGGAGGGAGACUGUACCCGCAGACCUCAGCGUGGACACCCACCCGGAGGGAGACUGUACCCGCAGACCUCAGCGUGGACACCCACCCGGAGGGAGACUGUACCCGCAGACCUCAGCGUGGACACCCACCCGGAGGGAGACUGUACCCGCAGACCUCAGCGUGGACACCCACCCGGAGGGAGACUGUACCCGCAGACCUCAGCGUGGACACCCACCCGGAGGGAGACUGUACCCGCAGACCUCAGCGUGGACACCCACCCGGAGGGAGACUGUACCCGCAGACCUCAGCGUGGACACCCACCCGGAGGGAGACUGUACCCGCAGACCUCAGCGUGGACAUCCACCCGGAGGGAGACUGUACCCACAGUCCUCAGCAUGCCAAUCCACCCAGGAGCUCUGUGCUGCCUUCCAGAGGCUCUGCUCACCAAGAAGCUUCUCAAUUUGAAGCAAUUGAAGACUGCUGGUUAUGUAGCUAGGCUACUGAAGCUCAUACCUAAACAAGCACAAAUCCCAGAGUCCCAUCUCAGCGCCACAUGAAGCAGGGAUGCCUGGUGUUGCACACCUGUCGUCACUACAUUUGGGAGGUCGAGAGACGAUCAGAAGUUCGAGGUCAUCCUUGACGAGUGACUUUGAAGUUGUUGCCUCAAAAAAAGAAGAGUUGACCUCGUAAGAUGUUGCUAACCUGCUUUCCCAGCAGAUGUAAGCCGCGACCACCCGUUCUCCUAACGUCCCAUGACAGACGAAGCAUGGCUCCACCAAGGCUCACUCUGGGGAGCUAUGACCAUGCGUCAUGUUGACAGGGGGUGGACUCGGGAUGGCUAGUUUUGAUUGUCCAUCUGACUACAUCUGGAAUUAACUAAAAACCCCCAAAUGGACACACCUGCGAGGUAUUUUUUGCUUAAUUUGAAAUGAGAAGAUCCAUUUCUUUUGGGGGUGUAGGGGGUCUAGACAGGGUUCUCUGUGUCACUCUGGCUCUCCUGGCACUCCCUCUGUAGACAGGCAGAGAUCUGCUCACCGCCACUGGGCAAAAAAAAUCCACUUCUAAUCCGGGGUCUUUGAAUCAGGUAGACACGCCUCUAA